GUCCCGCCACGGUCUCGGCAGCGGCGGCUCAGGGAGAAGUACCAGACUACUGUGUCGUGCGGGGAUCAGGCACGACGUAGCUGGAAACCGCCAGCGGAACAAAUGAAACGAACACUACUGUGUCGUGUGGAUUAAUUCAGGGGCGAGACACGCCAUCGAGGCGCGAGGCUCUUUAAGCGAAAUUGGACCGACUGACGAGGAUUGGGACAUACGCUACUGUAGGAAAACACCGCCGAAUGGUUUCUCUUGCCUCACCGCUAAGGUUUCUGGCUAAGAGAAGCAGCCGAUAAUGCACGACAUCUGCUCUGCAGCCACACAAACUUCCCGCCUGUAGAGGAAGCGGCUGUGCCAGCAUGUCCUCUCACCCCCACUCAGUGCCGUCGGGCAGGAGGACUGGACUGGACACACGGCACCUGCCCAGCCCGGCUAGUCUACCGCUGCAGCUGCAACGGGCACACACGGAAAUGGGACUGGUGGACUACCACCCUCAUGCCAGAGAAUACAGUUCCCACUUGGUCCAGCCUCAUCGCCGUAGGCCAUCCUUGCUUUCAGAGUUUCAGCCUGGGAAUGAGAGAGGACAAGAGCAGCAUAUCCGCUAUGAACACAUAUAUCUGCCAGAGCCUAGCAGCCAUUCAGAGGUGGAGUAUGCGGAGGUCAAACGGCCUCGUUUAGAGAUGGGACCAGAGUCUCUGAUGAGGCCCUCGUCCCACAGGCCACAAUUGCCCCUGGGGGGGGCUGAGGAUAUGGCAAAGGAGCGUGGGAGUGCCAUGGGGAAGCUGGAACCCAUCUCCCCCGUGAGUCCAGUCCACAUGGACCCUGACUUGGAUCUUGUGCCAGCUCGCUUCUCCAAGGAGGAGCUCAUCCAGAACAUGGAUCGUGUGGACAGGGAGAUCACCAUGGUGGAGCAGCAGAUCAGCAAGCUCCGCAAGAAACAGCAACAGCUGGAGGAGGAGGCUGCAAAGCCUCAUGAGCCAGAGCGGCCCAUCUCGCCGCCACCCAGUGAGGCCAAGCACCGCAGCCUGGUGCAGAUCAUCUACGAUGAGAACAGGAAAAAGGCAGAGGAAGCUCACAGGAUACUGGAGGGACUCGGACCCAGGGUAGAACUGCCUCUGUACAAUCAGCCUUCUGAUACCAAGCAGUACCAUGAGAACAUCAAAAUAAACCAAGCGAUGAGAAAGAAGCUGAUCUUAUACUUCAAGAGGAGAAAUCAUGCUCGUAAGCAGUGGGAACAGAAAUUUUGCCAGCGCUAUGACCAGCUGAUGGAAGCCUGGGAGAAGAAGGUAGAGCGCAUCGAAAACAAUCCGCGGCGCCGAGCCAAGGAGAGUAAGGUGCGGGAGUACUACGAGAAACAGUUCCCAGAGAUCCGCAAGCAAAGAGAGAUGCAGGAGCGCAUGCAGAGUCGUGUCGGGCAGCGAGGAGGUGGACUGAGCUCAUCUGCAGCUCGCAGUGAACAUGAGGUCUCAGAGAUCAUCGAUGGAAUAUCCGAGCAUGAGAACACAGAAAAGCAAAUGCGACAGCUGGCAGUCAUCCCUCCUAUGCUGUUUGACGCUGAGCAGCAACGCAUCAAGUUCAUCAACAUGAAUGGAUUGAUGGAUGACCCCAUGAAGGUGUAUAAGGACCGGCAGGUUAUGAACAUGUGGAGCGAGCAGGAGAAGGACACUUUCAGAGAGAAGUUCAUCCAGCACCCCAAAAACUUUGGUCUGAUUGCAUCUUUUCUGGAGAGAAAGACGGUGGCUGAGUGUGUGCUGUUUUACUACCUGACCAAAAAGAAUGAAAACUAUAAGAACAUAGUGCGGAGGAACUACAGGCGCCGUGGAAGAAGCCAGCAUGGCCAGCAGCAGCAACAGCAGCAACAAGUGAGCCGCAGCAGCCAGGAGGACAAGGAGAAGGAAGAGAAAGAGAAGGAGGGUGAGAGGGAUGAAGAGAAAAAUGAAGCUGAGGACAAAGAAGAUGGAAUGAAGGACGACACCUCUGGAGAAGAUGCAGAGGACAAAGAACCCACUGUGGCAUUUAAGGGUCGACGCACAGCCAACAGCCAGGGGCGCCGCAAGGGCCGCAUCACCCGCUCAAUGACCAGUGAAGUGGAGGAGACCACCACACCCCCGCUCAACAAUGAGCUUGCCAAUCUGGAAAUGAAUGAGAGCUCUCGCUGGACUGAAGAAGAGAUGGAAACUGCCAAAAAAGGCCUUCUCCAGUAUGGUAGGAAUUGGUCCGCCAUCGCCAAGAUGGUGGGGUCAAAAACCGUGUCACAGUGCAAGAACUUCUAUUUCAACUACAAGAAGAGGCAGAAACUGGAUGAGAUUCUGCAGCAGCAUAAAAUGAAAUCGGAGAAGGAGCGAAAGGCCCGACGAAGGGGCAAAGCCCUGCAGAAUGAAGAAACUAGUACCCCGUAUACAGCAGAGGAGGAGGAGAUGGAGGGUUCAGGAGCCAGUGGCAAUGAAGAGGAGGCCCCUGAAGAUGGAGAGGGUGGAGCCAACAACAGCUCUGACACCGAAAGCCUGCCCUCACCACACUCAUCUGAGGACAGCAAGGUUAAAGAGGAGUGCUCUAGCAUGUCAAAGGCUGGCUCCAGCACCGGGGACAAGGAGGCGGCUGGGUCAGACAUGGGCCAGGCAGGGGAUGAGAAACCUCCAGUCAUAGAAGAUGCAGACUCGGCCAUCAAGCAGGAGAUAAAGACUGAGGCAGGGGAGCCCAACAAAGAGCAUCUGCAGCCGGCACCGCCCAGCGAUGCCACAGAUAAAAAACCUCCUGCAGCAGAGAUGGAGGAAGUCAAGAGCUCCACCAAAAGCUCCAAGAAGGACCAUGGGCCCAAAACAGGCUCCCAUGGCGACAGUGACUCUAGUGCCACUUGCAGCGCUGAUGAAGUAGAGGAGACAGACAACACAGAUAAAAACAGAAUGACUUCUCCGCGGCCAAGCCUACUGAACUACACUCAUGAUGGGGUCAUAUCCUCCCCACUGCAGAAGCCCAUGGACCUGAAGCAGCUCAAACAGAGGGCUGCAUCUAUACCACCUAUUAUGCCAGAGGCCUCCAUGCAGGGCAGUCAGCGGGGUGGGAGUUGCAAGGGAGUGCUGCCCCCCCACGCCCUGGCACUGUACCAGCAACAGAUCACCAUGGCUCAUGGGGAGUCCUCCCAGGAGGUCAGACACCAGCAGCAGCAGCAGCAACAACAGCAGCAACAACAGCAGCUUUCAGGCCAGCCAGGCAAACCACAGCCUUACACCUCGCAGGCAGACAGAGACAGGGAGGCCCUUCACAGCAGCAGCCCUCGUCUUCGUCCACGUAGCCCCUCCAGCGACAAGGAUGACCUGGAAGGCAACGAGAGGUGGUUACUGACCCUCCUGCAGGGAUUAAAAAAGUCCCGGGCCUUGUCUCCACACAGUGAAGCCAAGAAGCAGGCACUGGGCCCAGAUGAUCUAAGGACCUCUAACUUGGGUCGCCCAGUUCUCUCCCCAUACCCCAUGUCUCCACGAGACAUGGCCAAGCUCAGUCAUGACCAGCACUUGCUCCACUUCAACUCGUUCCAGCAAGCAGGCCACAGUUCACUCUCUGGUCUGCCACAGGACAGUGGUAGACUAGCAGCCGUGAGACCCCUCACAAUGCCAGAGCCACCACCUCUCAUUUCCUCCACCAAGCCUGGGGGCUCCAUCACACAGGGCACCCCAGUGCAGUUGCACAGCCCAGCUCAUGGGUUGGACCACGGGAAGAUGCCCCCAACACAAAUGGGGUUGUCUUGGAUGGAUCAAAGGAAAAUGGUAGGUCCUUUCCCCAUGGUAAAACAGGAACAGUUGUCCCCUCGCAGUUCGUCCUCUCAGGCUGACUGCCUGUCGACCCAGGGGCCACCUCACGACAGUGCUACAGGACGAGCUUCUAUUCCAGCUGUGCAGGGGGGCAGUAUCACUAAGGGCAUCCCAGGGACCAGAAUGCAUCCAGAUUCCUCGAUCUCCUACCGAGGGGGCUCCAUUACUCAGGGGACACCGGCUGAUGUGCUGUAUAAGGGAACCAUAACCCGCCUGAUCACUGAGGACAGUGCCAGCCGAGCGGAGAGGGAGCGGGACGAGGCACUGUCAAAAGGCCACGUGGUCUAUGAGGGCAUCAGCGGGCACAUCCUCACAUAUGACCGCUCUGCCUCUCAAACCCCUAAAGAUGAGGGCCGAGGUCUUGGGCAGCCUGGAGAGAUUCUAGGCCUGAAGCGUCCAUACGAUGCCAUGGAGGGAGGCAUCUCUAGAGGCCUGCCCAUGAGGGAUUCUCUGUCUGCUGCCAACUGUGAAGGUCUGAUUGUUCGAGCCAUGCCUCAUGAUAGGGACAGUCCGCACCACACACCUUACAAGGAUGCUCAUCACAUCCGUGGUUCCAUCUCGCAAGGUAUACCUCGUCAUUUGGACCCUCAGGAUGGAUACCACAGGAGGGAGGCUAAACAGAUGAAGAGAGAAGGCUCCCCACCACGUGGACCCAGUUCUCUUUCUGACCCAAUGAAGGGCAGAGAUGCCAUGGUGCCCACUGUGAAGGAGGCUGGGCGCUCCAUCCACCUCAUUCCCAGGGAGGAGCUCAGGCAACCUGCCAAAGAAGGCAUUAUAGCACAGGGAACACCCAUGAAGCAGGAGUCGUCUGGUUCAGGGAAACGUCAUGAUGUCCGCUCCAUCAUAGCCAGUUCACCACGUUCCUACCACAACGCACCCUCCCACCUGGAGAUGCGUGCUGAGAGGGGCCGCUAUGAAGAAGCACCAAAAGGGCGCCCCAGUGCGGUGGUCAGUACGGCUAGUCCUAUUGCCCGUUCUUCUCCCCUUACACUCGGGUCAGAGCAGGGAGGCAAGGCUCAUCAUAGCCCAGUGGGCUAUGACGACAAAGGCAACUUAAGGACCCCUUAUCCUGGACCCUCCCAUCGUGGCUCCCCUCUGUCUAGGGAGGCAAGCCAAAGGCAGCAUGAUGGCUCAAGUAAGAAUCCGUCUCAGGAGCGUAAAGCCACACCGACCCCGAGGGAGAUGAGUGCCACCAAAUCACCACUCCCUGGUGUUCCUGAUCAGCAGGCGUAUGAGCGUCUGCUGCAGGGUCUCGGAGCUGCAGAUGUGUACCGCCAAAUCCCCUUAGCCUUUGAUCCUUCAGCGCUGCCCCGUGGCAUCCCGAUUGACCCAGCGGCCUACUACCUGCCUCGCCAUCUAGCCCCCAACCCAGCGUACCCUCCUCCCUACCCCUACCUCAUCCGUGGCUUUCCAGACACUGCUGCCCUGGAGAACCGCCAGACGCUGCUCAAUGACUACAUCACCUCGCAGCAGAUGCACCAAUGGCCCCCAGCAGCCGCCAUGGCCGCCCAGCGCUCAGACCUGCUGAGGGGCCUUAGUCCACGAGACCAGCCCCUUUCCAUGCCCUAUUCUGCAGCCCCGCGCGGGAUCAUCGAUCUCUCUCAGGUGCCACACCUCCCUGUCCUGGUCCCUCCCUCUUCAGGGGCUGCCGGCUCCCCAAUGGAUCGCAUCACCUACAUCCCCGGGGGAAGCACCACCUUUCCUGGCAGGCCUUACACCACCUCCCCCAUCUCGCCAGUUGGCUCCUCUCAUGUAAACAAGAUGCAAGGCACAUCCUCAUCUUCAGAGCGCGAACGUGAGCGUGACAGAGAGAGGGACCGGGAGAGAGACAGAGAACGGGAAAGAGAGAGGGAGCGUGAGCGGGACCGGGAGAGAGAUCGUGAAAGAGAACGUGAGAGGGAUCGGGAAAGAGAAAGGGACCGGGAUCGAGAGCGCGACAGAGAGAAGGGCGGGUCUCUCGGAAAUGUGGAGCACGCCCCCAUCUGGCGGCCAGGUGUGGCGCAAUUAGUGUUUAGUCAUUUUUGUCUGCAUGGUACAGAGCAUAGUUUGGCAAGCAGUAGCAGCGGCCCUGUGAGACCUGCUUCCCAACCGUACAGCCACCAGCACUCCCCAGUGUCACCUCGUACCCAGGAGAAUGUGCAGCAGAGGCCAAGUGUCCUGCACAACACUGGGGGCAAAAGUCUUUCUGUCAGUGAACACUCCAGCUCAUCUGUGUUACGGUCCAUGCCCUCAGGGCCAGCACGUUACCAGAGCUAUCCUGGCCACCUCCAAAGGACAGGUGUGCCCCCUGAGAGCUACCCACCUGUCAUGGACCCAAGUAUAGCCAAAGAGCAGAGCCGUGAUGGAGGCAAAACCAGGGGAGGUCUACCCAAGCAUGUACAGGACCAGCAUGGACCCUCCAUUAAAUCAGACCCCAAGCUGUCCAGCCCCGGCCCAGGAGGGAUAUACCCAGGGUCCUAUCUCUCGGUUUCAGGCCGGCCCCAGCACCUACUGCCUCCCCAGUCGGAUAACCCUCCUGGCCGUGGAGAAAGCGGUACACCUAGUAGGGAAAAGACUCAAAACAAACCGAUGUCGAUUCAGGAACAAGAGCUCCGAGCACUCGCUCAACAGAAGAUGGAGUCACAUGGCCUGUACCGUCCUCCGUCUGAGGAGAGACUGUCUCCAGGCCAACAGCCCCCGUCCCCCUGUGUUAAAGGCAGCCAGAGGGUGGUCACUUUGGCACAGCACAUCAGUGAGGUGAUAACUAAAGACUACACCAGGCAGAGCCAGCAUCAGCAAAGCUACCACGGCUCUCCUGUCCUGGACUUGACCCGUCCGCCUAGUGCCUCCCAGCCUCCGACCACGUCACAGGAGUCAGUCCAAGGGCACCGCUAUCUCGAGGGCCUUGGCGGGGAACGCAACAGAGACCGGUCUCCUCCUCAGCCCAAGACGUCACCCGUCAGUGUUUCAAAUGACGGCAUUGAACCAGUGUCUCCUGCCGGAGCUGGCUCUGAACCGGACGUCCAGGGAGGGGCCUCUUACCCAAACAAGCAGGGAGAGCAAGGAUUGGGCUCCCGUUCACCUCCCAAUGCUUCCCAGCCUCCAGCCUUCUUCAGCAAGCUGACCGAGAGCACCUCGGCUAUCGUGAAGUCGAAGAAACAGGAGAUGAUCAAGAAGAUGACUGUGGUGGGAGGCGACAGUGAUUUCAAUGCUGGUCAGCCUGGAACAGAAAUCUUCAACAUGCCAGCAUCCACGACUGCAGGACCUGUGAGUGUCCGCAGUCACUCGACUCCAGAGGCCCCUGGUAACUCAAUAGGCCUGGAGGCCAUAAUAAGAAAGGCCUUAAUUGGCAAAUACGAUGAUCAGGCUGAUGAACGGACCAACGCUGCUAAUGCGAUGGGUUCCAACAUGUCUGCCGACGGACGAGCUGAGGACUGUUUCUCACAAGGUGGAGGAAAGUCUUCAAAGGGCAGCGGGCGCUCCAACGGCCGCAAAGCCAAAUCCCCAGGACCGGGACUCUCAGGGGGGGAGAGGCCGUCCUCUGUGUCCUCUGUCCACUCUGAGGGAGACUGCAACAGACGAACACCCCUUACCAAUCGUGUGUGGGAGGACCGGCCUUCAUCCACAGGUUCAGCUCCGACUCCGUUCCCGUGCAACCCGUUGAUAAUGCGUUUCCCCAGCGGGACGGUGUCCACCCCGUCCCCCUCCCCUGGACAGCCGGGGGGCCAGGGCCCAGGGUCAGGACUUGGUCAAGGCCGCUCCUGGGAGGAGGAGCCCAAGCCUCUGCUUAUGUCUCAGUACGAGACCCUGUCUGACAGCGAGUGACCCAAAAUGCCACUGUACAACAGGAGCCUGCUACCAGUCAACCCCUUCUGUGCUGCUGCACGCGCACACACACGUGCACACACACCUGUUGAGGCAUCCGCUAACUUACCCACACCAUUCCACUCUGCAUUUCCUCCAUCAGUCCUCAAGCAAGGAGUCGAGUCAUCUUUUACACCAAGCGGCGACGAGCUGGAACACUGCUGCUCCGCGUGUAUGUUUGCGCUUAUGUGUUAUGCAUCACUCCAAUCACUCCAGGAUGACUCUAAAGGACAAAUCACUUCUUUCCUAUGUUCCUUUUUUUUUUUUUUAACUACUUUUCCUCACUGGCCUUAUCAAUAUAGACACAUAGACCUGCACCUUUAAGGUGAACCGCUCUAAUGUGCUGACAGUUGUGUGGAAGGUCAGGAACCCGGUGACGGCUGUUCUAGAGACAGAUCGUCACCUCAGAUCUGACCUGAGAGCAGCAGCAGCCCACACAGUGAGCCCCCUCACGUAUCCACCAUGAACUCCAGGUGCAGGCAGCCUGUGCUCUGCUACCACUAAAAGAACGCGUGCGAGAGGACAAGAGGAGAAUCAGCAUCCUUUUUUUCCUGUUUUGGUUCUUUCUUUUUCCCCUUUGAAAUCUGUCUCGUCCUGUGUUUGGAACGUGAGCUGAGACCUUUAGUACAUUUUGAUGGCGCCAUUUGUUGUCUUUUAUCUGCAAUGAUGUAUCUUUUUUUUUUUGAGGGGGGGGGGGGGGGCAGUGAUUGUUAUGUAGGAGGGUCAUAUCAUUGGUUUACAAGGUAAACAUGCUGUUCAUCCAUGGUGUCAUCAUAUAUUUGGGAGUGUCCUGGGGAAAAGCGAUCGCCUGCUGACUUAAGGCAUCCUCAUUGGGAGAGAUGAUUUGCCAGAUGGAUGGCACUGAGACAAGUGACACUUUCUCACUGUUUUUAUAUUAACCAUGUCUGUGUUUGUUGAAACUGUUUUUGGAUAUUAAGCACUUAGCUGUCAGUCUGUUCACAAUGGCAUUUUUAAGAAUCUGUGUUUCCCCGGGCAGGUGAAAAAAUGGACUCAAGAACAGCAUAGAAAUCCCACUGUAGAGGUAUCUUUUGACACCGACAUGUUAAUUUUGGUCUUGGUGCAGAUAUUCUUCAGCGCUCUCGCACUCAGAGCGACAAUCACAUUUUAGUGAACGACGAAUCAGCCGCUUCGAGGAGGUGCGGACUGACCUUAAAGCCGCUUAAAGGCAAAUUCCUCAGCAUCAACCCGGAGUUUGCUCGCAUUGAAGAGGUGACAAAAAGAAAAAAGCCAUCUUUCUACGAACCCUUGGUCCAUGGCGGUGUCAGCUUUAGCUGGCCUGCCGGAAUCCUGUCCAGGAGCUGUUGUGACAGUCUGACCUCUGACCUUUUACUGCCUAGUGGUGCACCUGAGACUCAACUCCUCAUCCAGGCAGAUUUUGUACAGUUAUGAGAUAUUCCUAGUGUUAAGUGCCAUUUAUUUUACAUAUACAGUACUAAAGUUACCAAGUGACGCACAAUGUUUCCUUUAGCCCCCUAUGCCAGGGUUUAUACUGUCCAUGCAGGGAAAUCUGAAAACAAAAAAAGCAAAUGAAACGUCCUUUUUUUAAAUUUACAUUUUUUGUGCUGCAUUUUUUUUUUCCUUUUUCUUCCAACUCCAUUACAGCCUUAGCUUUUAACUGUUCCAUUAGAUUUAUCAUCUAAACAUGACAACGCUGUAUCAGUGGGACAGCUUACAUGGGCCUGCAUCAAAUGUUUUCUCCACUAUGAGACCUAUCACAUACUUCAAGUGUACUUCAUUGCACCUCCUGUGUUUGUACGGUUUAGAGGACAUUGAGGGGAGAGCAAUUCAAAAGCAUUUUGGUAGUUUUUUUGUGACAUAGUCGACAUGUUUUCACUUUUUACUUCUAGUAUUUUAAAGGUUGCGCUUUCUGUAAAUUAUUGUUUCCGGUUUGUGACGGUUUGAGCAACCAGGGAUGGAUUCGGUCCACCGACUGCAUACUGAGUAGUGGCAGUGAUGAGACGGACUCAGCUCUGUCACAACACAGUUCUUUUUGUCACGGUGGAUUGUCAACACACAAACAUGCUGACUAUUAUAGGACUACCUCCUCUCCCUCCUUCAUCAUGCUUACCUGCAGGCACAUCUCAGCUGUGUCUUAGCUCAGAAUUUUUGUUUUUCCUUCUCAGACUGAUGGUGGGUUUGUCAGUUCAUCAGGCAAAGCAGAAAUACAGGCAGGCUUCAUACAUUGGUCUCUCUGCGUGUUUAUCAUUAUUCACUGAUGAAAUUUAAGAAUGUGACGAUAAACAGACAAAGCCAUAUCCUGCUGUCCCCUAAACUAAUGGCAGACCUAUAGGUGUUUUUAAAAGUAUAAACUGAAAUUAUAUACAUACAUUUUGUUUUUGUCUGUACACACGCCUGUUUCAUUAUAAAUCUAAAUAAUCAUUCAAACCUAAAAAAAAAGUUGAUUUCUGAUGUGAUCCCGGACUGUCCGAGGGUAGGUGGGGGAUUGAUAUAAACAGUGCAUUGUUCAACAAUUUUUGUGCAUAAUGAUUUUUUUUUAAUUAUAACCCACUGUAAAAUAGCAAGGAUUGUAUAUAAAACUGAAGAGAUGUACAUAUUUAUGUGGCUUGCUUCAAGGUUGGUAUUGCAAAAAAAGGAAAAAAAAUAUUCACAUGGUCAAAUUCUACAUGCCCACCAGCAAGCUUUGUGGAUAGCAGUGUUAAAAUGAAAAACAAGAAGACACUGCCUUAAUGUUUAAAUAAAAAGCUUAUUGCCAUU